CCGCACACAAUUCAAACAGACGUAGCAUGUCGUCGACGAAGCGCGCACUCGAGGUGGACAGCGCCCAUGAGCGUGCCAAGCGCUCGCGCCGCACGCGUUGGGGCCACGAUGAGGAUGAGGACAAAGACGCAGCCAAUCGCAAGACGUCAGCGAGUCCGAAGGCGCUGAGCGACAUCGUUAAGCGCCUGUCGAGUGUCGUCCAAGAAAAGUCAACACCCGAGGAGCUCCAAGCGCUGGCGGCGGCGGCCUCGCGUCCGUUGGUUGUACGUCGCUCUCUACUGUAUUAGGCGUUAUAAUCUGUCCGGUGUUUGAUGCGUGUGGCUUCAGUUUCAUCCUCGUUUUGCGCUGUUGCUUUAGGGCGCGGGUGGUCAAUUGGACGCGCAGGCAGCGAGAGCGCGGGCGUUGGCACAAGCUAGUCUACUGUCACUAAACGUUCCUGGUGCCAAGGUGUCGCCUAAUGACCUGGCAAGACGACUAUAUAUCGGCAACUUGUACUACGACCUCAAGGAGGAGGACAUCAGUAAUGUCUUCGCUCCGUUUGGGACUAUCCGCUCCAUUGAUCUGUCGCUGGAACCAGGGUGAGAGGCAGAAGCCUGUCAGUUCUGGUGACGAAGUUAUUACUGACGACAGCUUAACUGUGCGCAGAGCCUCGCGGUCGAAGGGUUUCUGCUUCUUGGAGUACGACGACGUGCUGGCAGCGGAGAGCGCAGUGCAAGUGCUGAAUGGAACGCCAUUGGCCAAUCGAGCCAUCCGGGUUGGUCGGCCGCAUCGCGGAAACACAAACCCGAACGAUUCGCUGUCGAUUGGACAAGAGGCGAUCAAAAACGUUCCGACCAAGUGCAUCUACAUCGCGAACGUACGCGUGGAGCUCAACAGUCAGCAUUUAGAGAGUAUUUUUUCUCCAUUUGGAGCUAUCCACUCGUGUGUCAUGGCGGCGGUCUCUCCACUGGAAUCUGGGGUGCACCGUGGUUAUGGCUUCAUGGAAUUUGUGGAGGAGAGUUGCGCACUGAGCGCGAUCCAGCACAUGAACGGGUUCGAGUUGGCUGGACAACCGCUCAAGGUUGGCAAAGCCAGUGAAGCAGCAAUGCUCAUCAACCUCGCCACCAGUCAGGACAAAGUAGUGCGCGAUGGAUCAGGAGCAACAGCUGACGGGGCCAACGGAGUGUCUGAGCCCGAGAAGAAGCCGUUUGGUGAGGACGACGUUGAAAAGGUGAGGGACACGACCGAGACCGACGAGAAGUGCUGCCUCUGCUUGAUGAACCUCGUGAACCGCGGCGAAGUGGACGACGAGUUGGAGGACGAGGUGCGUGGCGAGUGUGGCAAGUUCGGUAUCGUCAAGAAGGUGGAAAUCCAUGAGUUAGCAGACCACGUGCGUGUGUUUGUGUUGUUUGACGAUGCAGCUGGAGCCGCCAAGGCCAAACAGGCACUACACGGCCGGUUCUUCGGCGGUAACCAAGUGCAGGCACAGUAUUAUCCUCUACGCGAAUGGGAGCACAAGCGAUACACGAGCGAGUUCCUGUAACAAGGCGGUGGGUGGAUACACAACAACGUCACUUGGUUUAUACGCAUACACGGUCACUUGUGGUGGUUGAGAGAGUGAUGAGUGGAGUUCACUGUGCUUGUGUGUCGUCCACCUGUUGCUGUAGUUAUCUCUUCGUCCCUCUCCGGCCCAGAUUUGUAAGCCUCGCUGUACUCAGGGCAACUGGUCCGUCUUGGCUAACUCGAGAAUGAAUUUGCCUUCCUUGUACUUUUCCGACGCGUUAUGCGCUUCUUUCUGUAUAGGUACGGGCAACAAGAGAGCGACUCCAGUUAAUACAGCUUCAAGGCGUAUGGAGUGACAGCGUAGCGUACGUAUUUCCAGCCCACGGGACUCCAGCACGUGUUGCAGUAAAGGUCCAGUACGACGUGCAGUCCAGUCAUGAGCAUCCGCUCCUCCGGCGGACCGGUGCAGACGUUGACUCUAAAUUAUUAUAAAGUUAUAGAUAAUAGUAAAAUAAAUUUUGUGUUGAUGUUGUAAAGAG